AUGCCGGACCAUUUAGGUGAUGAUAUGCGAAAAGUUAAAGAUGAUAAAGAAGAACCAGAAAAAGAGAUAAAGUCGCUCGACGAAGGAGAUAUAGCACUUUUAAAAUCUUAUGGCCAGGGACAGUAUACAAAAAUAAUUAAAGAAGUAGAAGAUGGCAUUCAAACUGUUAUGAAAAGAGUCAAUGAAUUGACAGGUAUUAAAGAGUCUGAUACAGGACUUGCUCCUCCAGCAUUAUGGGAUUUGGCUGCAGACAAACAAACACUUCAAAAUGAACAGCCUUUACAAGUUGCAAGGUGUACAAAAAUCAUAAAUGCAGAUUCAAAUGAUCCCAAAUACAUUAUUAAUGUAAAACAGUUUGCCAAAUUUGUUGUUGAUCUUGCUGAUUCAGUAGCACCGACAGAUAUUGAAGAAGGAAUGAGAGUUGGCGUCGAUCGCAACAAAUAUCAAAUCCACAUUCCAUUACCACCCAAGAUAGAUCCCACUGUGACCAUGAUGCAAGUGGAGGAGAAGCCAGAUGUCACAUACAGUGAUGUGGGAGGCUGUAAGGAACAAAUUGAAAAGUUAAGGGAAGUUGUUGAAACACCAUUGUUACAUCCGGAGAAAUUUGUGAAGUUGGGAAUCGAACCACCCAAGGGUGUGUUACUGUUCGGUCCCCCUGGCACGGGCAAGACUCUGUGCGCGCGGGCCGUUGCCAACCGGACCGAUGCCUGCUUUAUACGUGUUAUUGGUUCGGAGUUAGUCCAGAAAUACGUAGGCGAGGGCGCGCGCAUGGUGCGCGAACUGUUCGAAAUGGCGCGCAGUAAGAAGGCGUGCCUCAUUUUCUUCGAUGAAAUCGACGCCAUUGGUGGCGCUAGAUUCGAUGACGGCGCGGGCGGCGACAACGAAGUGCAGAGAACUAUGUUGGAACUCAUCAACCAGCUCGAUGGGUUUGAUCCCAGAGGAAAUAUAAAGGUGCUGAUGGCCACCAACCGGCCGGACACGCUGGACCCGGCGCUGAUGCGCCCCGGCCGCCUCGACCGCAAGGUGGAGUUCGGGCUGCCCGAGCUGGAGGGGCGCGCGCACAUCUUCCGCAUCCACGCGCGCUCCAUGAGCGUCGAGCGCGACAUACGCUUCGACCUGCUCGCCCGCCUCUGUCCCAACUCCACCGGCGCCGAAAUCAGAUCGGUAUGUACGGAGGCGGGCAUGUUCGCCAUCCGCGCUCGUCGCAAGGUCGCCACGGAGAAGGACUUCCUCGAAGCUGUCAACAAGGAUGCAUAUACAGAUGUCGUGGAGCUGUGUGCGCUGUUACAAUGCCUUGGAUUUCAUAUAAAAUCGUUGGAUAUCACCGACGGUAAUGUCAGCCAAGAUGGAGGAACGCGCACCGUCAUUAUCAAUUGCCAGGCGUCAGGUUUCCACGUAGUAAUGGAGAGUGCGAAUUUGACGUGUUCUUGUCCGAGUGCUCCCAAUCAACAGAACAGUAGUUUUUGGCAAGUAUCUGGUAUGACUGGCGGAAAACAGUAUAGUAAGGAAUAUGGUAGCGGCCUUCUAGGUUCUCUACCAAAAGCUCACAGAGAGCGUCUAACAAAGGAACUGCAAGAAAUAGUGCGUUGUAUCAAAGAGCACAAUGAGUCUGAUGGAAGUAAUAAGGAGUGUAUAGGCAAUAAAUCCGCAAGCAUGAUCGAGUUAAAAACGCCUGAAAAAAGGCUUUCCCAAAUAAAAUCCGAAAUGCCAACUUGUCACCGUUCUUUAGACACGCUGACCACCGGCGCGGAGGACCAGCUCCCCGCGCCGGGCCCGCUGCAGAAACAACAUACUGAAGACAAUAGAAAUACUAAAAAGUUACAGUUAAUGUGUCAAAGGCAAAGUACGUACACAUUGUCUUCCACCCCUGGAAGUGCAAGGCGACGAAAUAAAACAUCUAGUCCAAUACAAACCCCAUCAAAUACAGUACUUGAGAGUUUGAUAGCUGCGGAGAAAACAGCAGAAGAACUCCGGAACAGAUUAUCUAAUGUCAUAAAAGAAUUCAUUGAAGACAAUAAACUCGAUUCCUCCAUGUCUUCUCUAGCCCUGGACGUCUCAAAAAUAUCAGUUUUAAAAGGCCCAGACUGUUCGAAGCCACAAUUUGCAUCAAGUCCUAAUCUAUCGGGCAUGAGCGUUCAAGAUGACUUCGCGAGAAGAUUCAAGCGUGUUGACAGUGCGUCUACGUCCAACUUAGCGCCAAAAUCUGCGUCAAAAGACGGAAAAACUUCCAAACUACGAAGGAUAUCUCCAAAUUUGUUCAAACUGAGGAGCAGCCCUAGUGUAGCUAAGAACGAUAAAGGAAAAUCUAAUGACAAUAAGAGUAGCAAGUUAAAUAGUCUGUUUAAACCUAAAAUUGUAGUACCAGUGCGGACAACCAAAACAACUACCGACGCGAGUCCCAACGUCAGUGCUUCAAGGAAGAAAUUUAGUAACGUAAAAUCUACAAUCCCCAGACCUGCUUCUAAGAAAGAA